AUGUCCAGGACCAGAGAACCUCAGUCAGCUUUAAACUCUCUGAAACAUGAUUCAAGACGUAAGAAAACAUUCAGCUGCUCCGAGUGUGGGAAAACAUUUGGCUUCAAGUCACGUCUGAAGAUGCAUAUGAGAAUCCACACAGGAGAAAAACCUUUUAGCUGCAGUGUUUGUAAUAAAUCGUUUACACGAGGUGGACAUUUACAAAAACACAUGAGAAUCCACACAGGAGAGAAGCCUUAUAGCUGCUCAGUCUGUGGUAAAGCCUUUUCUGAUAGUGGAACCCUGAAGAGACACAUGAUAACUCACACAAGAGAAAAACCUUUCAGCUGCUCAGUCUGUAAGAAAUGUUUUUCACAGAGUGGAUCUUUACAGGAACACAUGAGAAUCCACACAGGAGAGAAGCCUUAUAGCUGCUCAGUUUGUAAUAAAUAUUUUACACAUAAUGGAGAUUUACGUUCACACAUGAGAAUCCACACAGGAGAAAAACCUUUUAGCUGCUCAGUUUGUAAUAAAUAUUUCACAUGGAGAGGAGAUUUACAGAAACACAUUAGAAUCCACACAGGAGAGAAGCCUUUUAGCUGCGCAGUCUGUGGUAGAGCUUUCACUGUAAGUGGAACCCUGAAGAAUCACAUGAUGACUCAUUCUGGAGAAAAACCUUUCAGCUGCUCAGUCUGUAAGAAAUCUUUUACACAGAGUGGAGGUUUAUGGUCACACAUGGCAGUCCACACAGGAGAAAGAAGAUACAGCUGCAGUGUUUGUAACAAACGAUUUUCUUGGCGUUCUGAUGUCAAAACACAUAAAUGUGUUGGUCCGAUGGAAACAGAAGCUGAUGGAGAGGACUGUGGAGGACCAGAACCAGCCAGGAACUCACAUCCACUUUUACAACCAGAGACUGAAGACCAGACUGGAGACUCUUCUGAUCCUGAGACUGAUGACAUGGACUAACAUUUGUGCCUUUAAGUCCGAGCUAAACUUAUCAAACAAAAAUCUUUAUGUAUCAAUGAUUAUGUUAUGUUAUGUAUCUAGAUAGAAAACAUGAUAUUGUCUGGUAGGAAAAAGUACACUCUUACUUAAAAUAUUUUAUUAGAUAUUGUUUUGUCUUAUAAUGUCUGUCAUAUAAUCAAUUAUAAUCAAGAAAUCAGAAAAAUGUAACCACCCAAUAUUUUAUGGGGCCCACACAUAUGUUCACUUCUUUCAAAGUAACGUAUGUUUAGCAAGAUUCACCCACGAUUUGCUAAUGUCAGACUCGGUGGCAGUGGGUCAGCAGGCCGGUAAGUUAGGUUUAAGUGAUGCUUUGGACUUAAGCUGCAGAUCAUCUUGCCUUUGCUGUCUCUCAGAACGAUCUAAUAACGUGAGAAUGAAAUGCUUUCCUUCAGCAUGACAUUUUCAUCCUCUGACACCUGUUGUGCACUUUUCAAAGAAUGAGUGCUUAAGGUCCUCGUUUCACAAAAUGAAUAUCAAAUGUACAGAUUGGAUGCUCUAUAUGUAAUAAGUAUUUAUGAAACUAAAUGUCCAAAUUUGGCGUGCAAA